GUCUGGGUCCCACCACCCAAAAACACUAUCGCUGUUCCGUAAGCAUCCGUCCACCACGGCAAUGGCCACCGCCUCCUUCGCGUCGUCCUCUUCCUCCCCUCUAUACGCAGGGGCCUGCACCAUCAAAUCCUUCCCUUUCCCGGCGCCUCCGAAUCCACCCAGAACCCACCGGCUGCGCCUCCGCCUCGCCGCGGCGGCCGCCUCCAGGUGGGUAAACCGCGGCAGGGCCCCGCCGGAGCGUGGCCGGGCCAACUCCAUAUGGGUCAACCCAACCGCCCCAGCUCGCCCAGGCGGGGCUGGCCAAACGCUCCGCCGCCUCGUCCAGCUCGAGGACCUCGACGCGGCGCUCCGCCUCGUCGGCUCCAUGCCCUCCUCGGAGCCUCCGGCCGUCAUCGCCUGCAACAUACUCAUCAAAAAGCUCUGCGCCCACCGACGCCUCGCCGACGCGGAGCGCGUGCUCGACGCGCUCAAGGAGUCUGGCUCCGCGGACGCCGUCUCCCACAACACCCUCGUCGCUGGGUACUGCCGCGAUGGCCGUCUGGCAGACGCGGAGCGCGUGCUCGAGGCGGCCAAGGUCUCUGGCGCCGCUAACGUCGUCACCUACACCGCGCUGAUCAACGGGUACUGUCGCUCCGGCAGGCUCGCUGACGCCCUUAACCUCAUCGCAUCGAUGCCCGUGGCGCCCGAUACCUACACCUACAACACCGUGCUGAAGGGCUUGUGUGGUGCUAAGCAAUGGGAGAAGGCCGAGGAGCUCAUGGAGGAGAUGAUCAGGAACAAUUGCCAUCCUAAUGAAGUGACAUUCGCUACGCAGAUCCGUUCUUUCUGCCAAAAUGGGCUGCUUGACCACGCUGUUCAACUUCUUGAGCGAAUGCCUAGGUAUGGAUGCACACCUGAUGUUGUCAUUUACAGUACCCUGGUGAAUGGAUUUUCGGAGCAAGGACGUGUGGACGAUGCCCUUGUGCUUUUAAACACAAUGUUAUGCAAGCCCAACACUGUUUGUUACAAUGCUGCAUUGAAGGGUUUAUGUAUGGCUGAACGGUGGAAGGAUGUUGGGGAGCUGAUUGCUGAGAUGGUUAGGAAAGAUUGCCCACCAAAUGAAGCGACAUUCAGUAUGCUAACAAGCUGCUUGUGCCAACAUGGGUUGGUUGACUGUGCAAUGGAAGUUGUUGAGCAAAUGCAGAAGUAUGGAUGCAGACCUGAUGUCGUCAUUUACAAUACACUCAUCAAUUAUUUUUCAGAACAAGGGCGUGUGGAUGAUGCACUCAUGUUACUAGACAGCAUGCUGUGCAAUCCUGAUACCAUUAGCUUUAAUGCUGCGUUGAAGGCUUUAUGUAGAACUGAGCGAUGGUAUGAUGUCGAGGAACUUAUAGCUCAGAUGCUUAGGGAAGACUGUCCUUUGAUUGAAAUGACUUUUAAUAUACUCAUUGAUUCGUUGUGCCAACAUGGCCUGGUAAACCACGCAAUAGAAGUGUUUGAGCAAAUGCCAAAGUACAGAUGUACACCAGAUAUUGUCACAUACAGUAGCCUUAUUAAUGGCUUUUCUGAACAAGGGCUUGUGGAAUCGGCCAUUGAGUUAUUUCAAAGUAUGCCAUGUAAACCAGAUAUCUUUAGCUACAACGCUGUGCUGAAGGGUUUGUGUAGAGCUGCACGAUGGGAGGAUGCUGGGGAGCUUAUAGCUAAUAUGGCUAGAAAGGAUUGUCCCCCAAACGAAAUAACAUUCAAUAUACUAAUCAAUUCCUUAUGCCAAAAAGGGUUUGCUGAUCGUGCAAUUGAGGUUUUCAAGCAAAUGCCAGAGUACGGAAGCACACCUGAUAUUUUCACAUACAAUGCCCUAAUCAAUGGCUUUUCUGAACAAGGCCGUCUUGAUGAUGCUCUUAACUUGCUAAGCACCAUGUCAUGCAAGCCUGAUGCCAUUUCCUAUAAUUCUACGUUGAAGGGUUUGUGUAGAGCUGAACGAUGGAAAGAAGCAGAGGAGAUUGUAGCUGAGAUGCUUAGAAAGAAGUGCCCUCCAAAUGAAGUAACAUUCAAGUAUGCUAAUCAAUUAUUUAUACCAAACAGGAUAACAUGAGUGCAAUGUUUAAUUCCUUUGGCCAAUGUUAAAUAUGACUUUUUACUUCGUCAUGUACAGUCAAUGGCUUUUCUAAGCAACAGUCUGUGAACAUGGCUUUUCUAAGCAGCAGUCUGUGAACACGGCUUUUCUAAGCAGCAGUCUGUGAACUGGCUUUUCUAAGCAGCAGUCUGUGAACGGUUACCCUGAGUUAUGAACCAGUCCUGUUAUGUAUGUCUGACACAGUCAACUAUUGUGCUUCUUGCUUCAUUGAAAGAUAUGUGUACAAGUGACCGACAAGAGAAUGCCAGAGUUCCUGUUUGAGAUCAGACAUGAGAGGGUGACCAAACUGAAGCGACAUCCAGUAUGCCAAUAGGGGCUGGUUGAGUUUGCAAACAAAAUUAUUUAGCAAAUGCGUGCAAGUGCCCACAAGAUGGACUGCUAAAUUCAAGGGCUUGUAUAACACUGAGUGGUUAUGCGAGGAUAUGGAUAAUCAUGCCAGAGAUAGCUUGAAAGGAUCGUAAAGCACAAGCCUGCGGUGACAAGUAUCUUUGUGGUGACGAGACAAGAUCUGUCAGUUGGUAUUUUUCUUUUCGGAAAAGAUGUAUCGCCACCAAAACUACGACCUUUCUCUCUUCCUCAUACUAGUGUAGCAGCCCACGCUAACUUCAUAUAGUGAAGUGAUAAUGUGGGACUGACAGUUUAUAUAUUGUUGCUUCCUGGAACAUAUCACCUUGCCUGAUUGUACUCGGUUUUCAUUUCCAGAGGAUCUUGACACUUUCCUUGUUUUUCAGAAUUAUGCCCUUUAACGGGUUGUGUUUCUUCAUGAGUUACUUAGUGGAAGAUGGACUAUGUUCAGAAUUUUUCUUUUUUCA